GUAAGUAACGGAAGAGCGUAUGGUAUUUCUACGUGGGCACACGAUAUGGAUAACCAGAAGGAUGAAAAAAGCAGGACGCUCUGUGCAACCUCACAGGAGGAGCUGAAAGGCCGAGGUAAAGAAAAAAGGAAGCGAAAACGUAGUAGAAGCAGAUCAUCAUCUGUUUCAUCCACAUCAUCUUCUAGUACUGCAUCCUCUUCUUCCUCAUCAUCAUGCUCAUCGUCAAGGUCAUCUUCUUCAAGUAGCAGAGAUUCUCCUAAGUCUAAAUCAAAGAAAAGGAAAAAAGAAAAGCACAAUAAAAAGAAAAGGAAAAAAGAGAAUAAAGUGAAAAAAAAGAAAGAAAAGAAGAAAAAAAGAGAGAAGACAGGACCUGUCCAGCUUUCUAAGUUCUUCAAAAACAAAAAGAAGAAUGAAAACUACAGCAUGAUAACUGGAAAGAAAAUUAAGAUGAAAAUAAAGAAAACUAAGAAGGACAAAGAGAGAGAUCGGAACCGCGCAGAGCUGCUUGAAUUUCUGAACUCUGCCUUGUAAGGGGAGGAGUGCUGACCAAGGACUUGUACAUACACCAAGCCAACGAUCAUCAUGCCUAGCAAAACACUAGCGGGAAACUCAGGGAAAAGGACGCCGAGUUCGACAAGACCAGACAGACUCUCCUGCUGUGAAGACAAUCAGGAUGUCCUUUCUUAAUGGCAAAAUGAAGAGUGACUGAUAACCUCUUAAUGAAGAUCCGUGUCCUCCUUUUGAGAUCCUAAGGUAAUAGCCAGGCUGUGGUGGUUUAGAAGAGCCUAAGAGUGUGUCACUGACAAUGAUGAUAAGUGACACACUGAGGGCCAGUAAUGUAAUUUCUAUCAUAACUGCAUGCAGAACACACUUUUAAUUUCAAAUGUCUUAAUGUUUCUAGUCGCUUAAACAAAACAGCGUAUUUGUAAAUGUCUAUUUGAAAGAUGAGACAUUUCUAUAUGUAUAUUUUUUCCAGUAGUGGUUUUACUUGUCCUAAAGAGCAGGUUGACCUUUGUAAAUAGAACAUCCUUUUACAGAAAUGAUUUUUUGACAGUUCAUUCAUUAAUAUAUUAUAUUCUUUCAGUGU